AUGGCGUCAAUACCCGGCCAGCUUCGAGAAGAGCGCUCCUCCCCGAGUCCUAAACGGGACGCACCGGGCCUCUCAGGCCCCCUCAAGCCGAACCAAGUGAGCGAGACCUCCCUUUACGGGGUCCCCAUCGUCUCUCUGGUCAUAGACGGGAGGGAAAGACUGUGCCUGGCCCAGAUCUCCAACACGCUUCUGAAGAACUACAGCUAUAACGAGAUCCACAACCGCAGGGUAGCGUUGGGUAUCACCUGCGUCCAGUGCACCCCCGUCCAGCUUGAGCUCCUGCGACGCGCCGGCGCCAUGCCCAUCUCGUCCAGACGCUGCGGCAUGAUCACCAAGCGAGAGGCCGAGCGACUGUGCAAGUCUUUCCUGGGGGCGCACAGCCCCCCGAAGCUGCCCGAGAAUUUCGCCUUCGACGUGUCACACGAAUGCGCGUGGGGCUGCCGGGGCAGCUUCAUCCCGGCCAGAUACAACAGCUCCAGGGCCAAAUGCAUUAAGUGCACCUUUUGCAACAUGUAUUUCUCCCCCAAUAAAUUCAUUUUCCACUCGCAUCGCACCCCGGAGUCCAAGUACCUGCAGCCGGACGCGGCCAACUUCAACUCGUGGAGACGCCACCUCAAGCUGACUGAAAAGAAGCCCUCGGAUGACAUCAACCACGCGUGGGAGGAUGUCAAAGCCAUGUUUAACGGGGGAAGCAGAAAGAGGACCCUUCCGAUGGGGAGCUCGGGAGAGCGCUCGCCCGUCAAAGCGCAAAUUUCCUCCGCGCUCGGCCGCACCUCUUCACCGGAAGUCCCGCGCAAAACUUUACGUUGCGACGAGGAUCAAGGGAGCAAUAACAUCACUUUGGCGAGCAGCGCGAGGAGCUUCCCCCUUAUCCCGGUGCCUAGUAAAAACUUUGGCAUGCUCCAAAAAAUCCCUCCACCCUUAUUCCCACACCACCCGUACAGUUUCAGCUACGGCUUGUGUCCGAAAAAAAGCGACGGCUUGCCGGAUGUGACGAAAGCAAACGUGCCCAGUGUGUUUUGGCCUGCCGCCAAGGACGCCCUUUACCCCGCUUUCCCCGUGUUUUGGCCCACGGCGAGCAGCCUCCCCAUGCCGCCCUACCCGGCCUCCCCGCCCAAAGCUCCGGAGAUGCCCGGGGUCCGCCAGACCGACCUCGACCUAUCAGACCAAAGCGAAAGGAGUGCAAACACCCCCAAAGAGGCUCAACACCAGCAGCAAGAAGCAGGGGAGCGAUGUCCCAGUUCAUCCGGCAACGACGACAGGUCCGGUGAUGAGAUCCCGCAUCGGAAAAUCAGCUACAUCUCCGCUUUCAGACCUGUGGUCAAAGACACAGAGACCAUCGCUAAAUUGUACGGGACCCGGGAGGGCUUCGGCGUGAGGCCCGGCUACCUUUCACCGGACUUUGUCAGCGAGACCUCCAGCUAUAGGUCCAUGUCCCCGGACAGAGACACCGUGGGGGACGAGGACGACGACCCCGACGUGGAUGUAGAAUCCAACAAGGGGGAAGAGGAUGAGGAACCAAGAGGGAACCGCCGUGAUCUUCCCGUGCAGGUCGAAACGGGGGAAGAAAGCCAGGAGAAACCUGCGCCCUGCAGCCCCGCUGGAGCAUCACCGGAGGGCCAUUUGCACACCGGCUCGUCGGAUGAAGGCAGGCACACGCGGGAUUGUUCGCCUCUUCAAUACGUGUACGCGCAUGAAAAGGACUGCCAAGUGCACGUGGACGAGAAGCUCGAGUUGUCGAGCAGUCCCUGCAGAUCAAACGGUGCUUACCAAGAUCAUCGAAUCAUAAAAUCAAAUCAGGAACAAAAGGACAACCAAGCUGAAGGAGCUUUACGCAUUGACAUCAGCGUACAAGAACAAAAUCUGGAGAACAUGGCAAAAGAGGAGUUGCAGAAGCAACUUGUGGAGCAGAUGCAGCUCAGGAAAAAGCUAGAGAGAGAAUUCCAACAUCUAAAAGAUAAUUUUCAGGAUCAAAUGAAGCGUGAGCUGUCCUACAGAGAGGAAAUGGUCCAGCAGCUGCAGAUUGUUCGAGAAGCUCACGACACCCUACAUCAUUUCUCCUGCAAGAUGCUGACCCCUCGCCAGUGUACUGGAGCCUGCACCUUUAAACCUCCUCUGCUGCCUCCUUAA